GCAGUGUAGCACGGGGGCAGAAGGAGAGGGGGGAAUAGAGGGAAAUCCUCCCUCUGAUAGUGAGCAAGACUGUUUUAUUUUCUUCGCUACUGUUACAAAAUGUUGAAGUUCUUCAGUGCCCGGGACGAUGAGAAUGAAAGCCUCUUGGGUGCAUUGACAGACGAUGAAUCGGAUGCUCCGUCUCUGAUGGAUGCUAAGCACCACUGGCUCCACAGACCCUGUCUGCUGAUGCUCGAAGAUGGGGAUGUCACAAAGCCAGGACAGCUGGGCUGUGGGCACAUCGGAUCAGAGUCCCCUGCAAAAUCCAAAAUCCCAGGGGCGACAAAAGAGGGUCCCAUUUCCCAACUAGAGACCUCCGCUCAGAGGCUGAUGAGACAGCUGGAGGAGGGGAACUGCGCUGUGACAACUCUCUCCACAUGGGGAGAGAGGCAUUUCGGGAAGGCCUCCACCCCUUUGAUGCUCAUACCCUCCAAAGUGCCAGAGGUGGAGAUGAAGGAGAAGAAGAAGAGACCUCAGUUGCCCUCCUUCAAGGAGGACUCUGUGGUUGAGGAGAAGGAGCUGGAAGAGAGUGAACGUAAGCUGCACGACUCACCCAGUGGCUCAGAUGGCAUAGGUACUGACCUGGACGCCACGUCUGAUCAUCCUGUGGAGGAGCUCUAUGAAGGCAGCCAGACCCAGGGGCCCAGACUGGGGCUUCAGAACCAGACCAAAGCCAACGGGUUGACUAAUGAUGAGACUAAUGCCAACAGAGCACAGGUAGACAGUGAAGAGGGAGCUGUGGGGGACUGCACGCCUUCCCCAUCAGUGGAUCCAGACAAUGAGCUACAGGCCGGCCCCACGGGCAUUCUGUCCAGGGAGCGAGGCACUAUCCUGGGGGAGGUGGCCCCCGUGUGGGUCCCUGACGCCCAUACGCUGGUCUGUAUGAUGUGUGAAGUCAGGUUCACCUUCACAAAGAGAAGGCACCACUGCCGCGCCUGUGGCAAGGUAUUCUGUUCAGUGUGCUCCGGUCUGAAGUUCCGACUAACGCACCUGGAUGGGAAGGAGGGGCGUGUCUGUGUCUCCUGUCACUCAACUCUAGUGAAAGGAACCCCUCCCAGGGGGAGAAGGAGGGUGUUGUUUGCUGAUGAAAUCCUAUCCAAUGAGAAAUCAGACUCUGCUCCUUGUACACCAAUCAGAGGCCCCACCUUCUCACCGCUAUUAUUGAGGAGAAGUAUAGCUGCUACAAUCAGAAGCGCCACUGGGUCACCACAGACCAGCCGGAGGACACCAAUAGCACAGGGGCCGCCCCUGCUCAAUCCUCUGCAGGAGGUGUGUGGGCCCUGUGGCUGGGGUACAGCAACCCUGGUCAGUAGCCACAUCAGUAGCUCUGCCAACCUCAUCCCACUGGAUGGCCUCCCUCCCAUCCUCACCUCUACUGGAGUCAAAGGAGACUACACGGUGGAGGAAAGGCCCUCUGAGAGGGUUCUCAUCCAGGACCUGGAGAGCGGCAGGCCCAACUCCCUGGUCUUUGUCCUCAACGCCAACCUACUGGCCAUGGUCAAGCUAGUCAACUAUGUAAACAGGAAGUGCUGGUGUGUGACGUCGAAGGGCAUGCACGCGGUGGGCCAGGUGGAAGUGGUGGUGCUGCUGCAAUGUCUGCCCGAAGAGAAGAGCUUCCCCAAAGACAUCUUCAGCCACUUUAUACAGCUCUACAGGGACGCCCUCACAGGCAAGGUACUGAGCCACCUGGGUCUCUCCCAGUUCUCCAGUAGUUUCCUGGGCUGUGAGGAGCAUGCAGGGUUCCUCUGGGUGCGCUCCACCCUCCAGUCCCUGCAGGGUCUCCCUAUGCCCAACCAGCCCUUUCUCUUUGGCCUGCUGAUCCACCGGGAUGAGGUGCCCUGGGCCAAGGCUUUCCCCCUGCGCCUCAUGCUCAGAUUGGGGGCUGAGUACAGAUUUUACCCCUGUCCUCUGUACAGCGUGCGCUUCAGGAAGGCUCUGUUUGGGGAAACCGGCCACACCAUCAUGAGACUACUAGUAGACUUCAGGAAUUACCGGUACACUCUGCCAGUGGUGCCUGGACUCACUGUAGAUCUGGAAGCUCAGAGGACCUGCAUUAAAAUCCCUACCAACGGCUAUGAUGAGCUGAUGAAGGCUUUGAAUAAGUCCAAUGAGCAUGUGCUGGCCAUGGGGGCAUGCUUCAACGUGGCGGCAGACUCCCACCUCAUCUGUGUUCAGGGGGACGAUGGCGAGUACCAGACCCAGGCCAUCAGCAUCCACAAUCAGCCUCGCAAAGUCACUGGUUCCUGCUUUUUUUUGUUCAGUGGAGCUCUUAAAGCAGCAUCAGGAUAUCUGGCCAAAUCCAGCAUCAUUGAAGAUGGGCUGAUGGUGCAGAUCACUGUGGAGACCAUGGUGGAGCUUCGCCGGUCGCUACGGGAGAUGAAAGACUACAACAUCUCCUGUGGGCGGAUCGACCAAUCAGACAGCCAAGAGCAUGUCCAGGUCCAAUGGCAAGAGAAAGAAUGCACUGUAAACAAGGGGGUUAUUAGCCCCAUUGAUGGCAAGUCCAUGGAGUCCAUCAGCAGUAUCAAGAUGUUCCAGAAGUCUGAGUACAAGGCCAAUGGAAAGGUCAUCCGCUGGACAGAGGUGUUCUCCUUACAGAAGGGGGGUCAUCCUAAGAGCCAGGGUGACCACCAUACAGAACACAGCAGGCUUACAGAGAGACUGGCCCGGGCAUUCUGCCUGGCACUGGGCCCACACCUCAAGUUGCUGAAGGAGGAUGGUAUGGCUAAACUGGGGCUGCGCAUCACGCUGGACUCCCACCAGGUGUGGUUUGUGGCCGGCAGUAACGGCCUGCCCCUCCCAGCCCCGUACCUCAAAGCCCUGGAAACAGUGCUGAUCCCCAUCAUCCACAGCAGGGGACGCAAGAGGGGCGAAGAACCCUUAGUCAUGGAGCUCAUUUUCUAUAUCCUGGAGAACAUUUCCUAGGGGAAAGGGGAUCAAAGUGCACACACUCAUCCCCACACCAUCCUCUCCCCUGGUUCUCCAUUUGUGCUGGUGUGAGUUUGAUAGCUUCAAAACAGCAUUGGUUGGAGGAGUAAGCUCUUUCAUGGGACAUAGUAACUCGCCUCCAGGAUAUAUGUCUCAGCCAGCCUCUAAGAAAGGGUGGCUGGAUGGUAAGUGGUCUGACUCACCAAAGCUCACCCUGCCUUGGCAUCUGCAGCAGUAAAUAUUAUAUGGCUUGAGAAUGGUACAUUUCUGUAUAUUUUCAAUAAAUACCCAUAUUUUGAGAAUGCCUUUAAACUGGGGGCUGUAUUCAGUUCCAAUGGGAAAAUGAGAAUGACUUGAUGUUAUUUAUCAGUAGACCUGUAGCUAGCUGUUUGAUGCAAACUGAAUUCAUUCAUGUU